AUGGAGAGAGGAGAAGGCAACAGUUCAGUCCUACAAGGUCCCAACUGUACCCACUCAGAGGAAUACAAAUUCACCACCUACACCGUGGUCUUCAGCCUGGUCUUUAUUUUUGGUCUUUUAGUCAAUGUCGGCGCUCUGUAUGUCUUCUGUAAGCUCUCUGUGAAGAAUCGUCUCUCUACCAUUUUUCUUAUCCACCUUGCUGUAUCAGAUCUCAUCUUCAUCCUUACACUGCCGCUACGGAUCGCCUUUUACUUCAGCGACUCAACUGGUAUGCAGGAAUCUCUUCCCAGUUCCACAAUGUUACACUUGACCCUCGCUUGCCGUUUCUCCACCUUCAUGUUCUACAUCAGCAUGUAUUGCAGCAUCUUCUUUCUGACAGCCCUCAGCAUGUGCCGCUACCUGGUGCUAGCGGGUCGAAUUCGGCUCCAGAAUAGCGAGGCUUGCAAAUGGGCUCACUUCCUGUGCUGGGGAAUCUGGGUCUUUGUGGUAGGCGGAAACAUUUUAUACCUUGCUAUAACCUCUGGAUUCAGCAUGCGGGCAGAGGGAUGCCUGGAACCAACAGGGAAAGACUCCUGGGCUUUGCUGUAUCAUCUGAACCUGGUGGUACUGGUGAUCUGCUUUUUGCUUCCGCUAACAGUGGUAUUGAUUUGCUAUUCCCUCAUGAUCAGACACAUCUUGAGGAUCCGGGCUGGACAAAGGCAGCGUGACGUGGCUCUGAUCUGCUUGGUGCUUCUAAUCUUCUGUCUUUGUUUCCUCCCUUACCACAUCCAACGCACGCUGCACCUCCACUACAUGAUGCACCAGCACACGGCGACGUGCCAGUUGCUGGCCACCUUGCAGAAAUCGGUGGUGGUGACGCUGUGCUUUGCAGCAGUCAACAGUUGCCUGGAUCCGCUUCUCUUCCUGUUUGUGGGCCAUGGAUUCAAAGCCGUCAUAAAUAAGUUCAUUGCUCAUGUGCACCUUUCUUGUGCACUAGAGAAUACCAGUUUGAGUUCCACGGCUCCAGCUGUUGUGCAGCUACCAUUGGUUGGAGAACCAAAUACUACAGACAGGGACCAAGCUUCCUCUCGGGAGUUGCCACUGUCCCAGAAAAGCGAUACUGAUGUUUGA